AAUGAUAUGAAAAUAAGAUCUAUUGAUGAAAAUAUAUAUAAUGAAAAGGCUGCCUUGCAAGAAAAAGGCUAUGAAUCUUUAGAGAUCAAUGACUCGCAAAUAUUAGAUAUUAAUACAUUGAUAAAUGCUAUCGAUAAAAAUGAAAAUAUUGGUGAGAUGCAUAUCAAAGGCUGUAAUUUCCUGGAAAAUUCUGGAAUUUUAAUGACUAUAGCAUCUCCUUAUGGCAAAACCAAAAGGCAGCGUUGGACAGAAAAAGAAAAAGAAACAGUACUUCAAGCAUUUUCCACACAUAUGAAAAACUUAACGCUACCGUCUUUACGAGAAAUUCAAGAAACUAAAAAGAAGUAUAGUUGUUUAUUUAAUCGGACAUCGCCGCAAAUAAAAACAUGGAUCCAUAAUAAACAGAAAGCUCUACGACAAUAUGAAUAAUGUCAUUCUG